AUGGGCAUCCAUGCUGUUAGCGUCAUGCUAGAGGCUCUCAAUAGAGAUGCCCAACAUGCUACUAUCGCCAAGUUCAUUCAAAAUGAACUUGACGCAGAACGCGAGAAAGUAGCAUUGCUUCACCAACAAGGUUCUCAACAAGCAGAGUUGUUGAGAGAACAGGGUGCUCAACAGUUUGAACUGUUGAGACAGCAGCAGGCUGCUGCUGGCGGGUCGAUGCACUCGCGUCGACCCGAGACUUUGAAGAUUGACAUCUCCAAGUAUAGGGGGGUCGAAGAGGACUCCCUCUUGAGAUGGUUCGUCGAAUAG